GCGCAGCUGUUUUGGAGCCAUCGCCUGACAAGAAACAUGAUGCAACCGGGUAUAAUUUUGCUCAAGGAGGGGACAGACGCCUCGCAGGGUGUUCCUCAACUCAUCAGCAAUAUAAACGCUUGUCAGUUUAUUGCUGAUGCAGUUCGGACAACUUUAGGGCCAAGAGGAAUGGAUAAACUAAUUGUAAAUAGUCAAGGGAAAGCCACGAUUUCCAAUGACGGUGCUACAAUUAUAAGUCUCUUAGAUGUCGUCCAUCCUGCGGCAAAAACUCUUGUAGAUAUUUCAAAGUCGCAAGACGCGGAGGUUGGUGAUGGAACAACGACUGUCACUCUUCUUGCCAGUGAAUUUCUAAAGCAAGUCAAACCAUUUAUAGAAGAAGGAGUUCAUGCUCAGAUUGCUGUGAAGAGCUUUAGGAAGGCUGCAAAUUUAGCAAUUAGUAAAAUUAAGGAGAUUGCUGUCAAAAUCAAGAAAGAUGACCCCAAAGAAAUGCGAGUAUUGUUGGAAAGAUGUGCAGCAACUUCACUAAAUUCCAAACUAGUAGCUGCCCAUAAAGACUUCUUCUCCAAGAUGGUAGUUGAUGCUGUAAUGCUUCUAGAUGAUCUUCUUCCACUGAACAUGAUUGGCAUGAAGAAGGUGAAAGGUGGAGCCUUAGAAGAUUCACGCCUCAUCGCUGGUGUGGCCUUCAAGAAGACAUUUUCCUAUGCUGGAUUUGAAAUGCAACCCAAAAAGUACAAGAAUCCCAAGAUUGCAAUGCUAAAUGUAGAGCUUGAACUGAAGGCAGAAAAGGAAAAUGCAGAGAUUAGACUUGACAAUGUGAAGGAAUAUCAGCAGAUUGUGGAUGCUGAGUGGGAGAUCCUUUAUGACAAACUGGACAAGAUAGUCAAGAGUGGUGCAAAGGUUGUUCUCUCAAAGCUCCCCAUUGGAGAUGUCGCCACACAAUAUUUUGCUGAUAGGGACAUGUUCUGUGCUGGUCGCGUUGUGGAAGAAGACUUGAAGAGAACUAUGAAGGCCUGUGGUGGUGCCAUUCAAACAACAGUCAAUAACAUGACAGACGAAGUUCUAGGCAUAUGUGAACUGUUUGAAGAAGAGCAGAUUGGUGGAGAGAGAUAUAACAUCUUUACUGGUUGCCCUGAGGCCAAGACGUGCACUGUCAUUUUACGAGGUGGAGCUGAACAAUUCAUCGAAGAAACAGAAAGAUCUCUGCACGACGCCAUCAUGAUUGUACGACGAGCGAUCAAAAAUGAUGCAGUGGUAGCAGGCGGGGGAGCGAUCGAAAUGGAACUAAGCAAAUACCUGAGAGAUUUUUCUCGGUCGAUCGCAGGAAAGGAACAGCUUCUUAUUGGAUCCAUGGCCCGAGCUCUGGAGAUCAUCCCCAGACAGCUGUGCGACAAUGCGGGAUUUGAUGCUACUAAUAUCUUGAAUAAACUACGACAGAAACACUUUCAAGGUGGCAUGUGGUAUGGGGUGGAUAUAAACAACGAAGACAUCGCCGAUAACUUCGAGGCGUGUGUCUGGGAGCCAGCCAUUGUGAAAAUCAACGCCAUCACGGCUGCUACGGAAGCAGCUUGUCUGAUCCUGUCGGUGGACGAAACAGUAAAAAACCCUAAGUCAGGGGGUGAUGGACCCCCUGCACCCGCUGGAAGAGGGCGCGGUCGUCCAAGAUGAGAAUUGGACCCGUGGUUGUGACUUAAGAAAUUUCACUGAUUGGUAAUAAUAUAUUGGACAUCUUGUGCGGCGCUUGAGGACACAACAAGCCUUGUGCCCUCGGCAUAACUGUACUCUGAGUUGUUCCGAGAACGUGAUUUGUUCGGACAGCGUAUUUAAAAAAGGAACUGUUAUCGAACUGAAAGAGCAGCUAGGCAUUAUUGAAGAAUAAAGAACCGCUGUUAUGUUGGAAGUUGUGA